UUGGCAGUGGCAGUACAAUUUGCAAAUGGCAGCGCUAGAACACGUCGGAAUGUGCUAUGUGUGAAUUUCUUUCCUUUUCCUAUAAGUAAAAGCGUUGAUAAUUAAUUUAAUUUUUAUUUGCAAACAUAAUAAGCAAUGGCAAAAUUAGUUGAUGUUUAUCGUGAUGAAAAACAAGUAUUGAGAAAGAGACAGUUGCCUUUAGCUGUUGAUGAAAGUCUUACGAUGGUGAUGGACCUGAGUUCAAUGGGAUUUGUUUAUGAUAAUCCCCCAGUCAGGGGCAAGGAAUUAGAAGAGUUCAAGGAUAAGUUCUACACUCUAGCUCAACCAGAAGUAAAGGAUGCUUUUCAAGUCAACUACAAGGAUAUGUUAACAGUGCUCGAUCAAACUAUACCCUGUGUUGGUUGUCGACGGAGCGUGGAGCGUCUUUUUUGCCAGCUGUGUAAGUCAGAGCAUCCAGCUUUAUCUCCUUUGAUUGUAACCAAAGAAGGGAAUAUUACUGUCAGUAAGGAUCAUUUCGAUUGUCCAAUUCUGCUAUGCUCAUUACUACAUGGUCAUAGUUCGACACGGCUGAACGACCUGGUGGAGGGACAGUUGCGGUCGAAGAAGAGUCGGCGCUGUGUGCUGCACUCGCUGGACUCGCAUCGCACACGCGCACUGACCACACCCUGGCGAGACAUCUGGUCGAUCAUGCGGCCGCAGUGUCGCGACGAGGUCGUGCUAAUCGAGGCCGCCACGCUCAUGGCCACUGUCGAGACCUAUCUCAGAAAGCACAGAUUUUGCGGCGAGUGCAGAACGAAGGUGCUGCGUGCCUAUUCGCUGCUGAUGGAGGAGUCAGGUCCGGUGAAGGACAAGGGCUAUGUGCCCGAGCUCUAUGCCAACAUCAAGCGCUGCACGCCCUACAAGCACAUCCACCUGCAGACCAAGACUGACUACAUUCACAGCCUCAUUCGUCGCGCUGAGCUCGAGCUGGUCAGCAGCAGACGAGAAAGACAUGCAAAGACGCUGGAGAUAGCCCAGGAGGAAGUGCUGACUUGCCUGGGCAUCUGUGUCUACGAGCGGCUGCAUCGCAUUCAGCUCAGGCUCAAGGAGGAGGAAUGCACUUGUCAAGUACUCGCCGCCGUAGCUAUUGACAGCAUCUGUCGCAAUUUUGAGGUUGCUGUUGAAAGGAAAAGAGGAAAAUCCCACUUGGAACUGUUUUGUGAAGAGAUAACGAAAGAAGAAAAACUGAAACAGCAAAGGAAAGAACACAAAAAGCUGAAGAAGAAGAAAAGGAAAGAGAAGAAGGCUAACUUGGAAGAAAAAGAGAAUUUUGAGUAUGAAUCUGAAGAGCACCCUGAGGCCGCAUGUGAACAGGACGGUUGCACAUGCUGCGAUGAUGAAGACGAUGAAGAUGAGAAAGAACCGGUUGUUGCUGAUAGACAAAAAUUACAGGUGCUACACAGAAAAAUCAAAGGUCCGGCCAGUUGCAACUGCAUCGACUGCCAGCAGCGGGAUAAAAAGAAGAAAAGUGGGGGGCAGAGCAGUGAGGGGGCCGUCCCCUCCGCCCCCACCCACACCGCCCCCAAGGAGAAGAAGGCGGCCAAGGGGGGCAAGGCCAAGGAGGCCAAAGGCAGCACCCGCUCCGAGAACAACAACAACAAAAUGGCGGACAGUGAUAGCAUUUCCAUAGACGACAGCCACAACUCUCACGCCCUUACUCCCUGCCAAUCGUGUGCUAAUGCUCUGGAACUAUUAGGUAGUCAAAAUAGUAAAAUCUGGUCGAGUGACCAAUCACAAGACUGUGGCUAUUCCAGUGAGAAUAAUAUUAGUAAUAGUAUUCCUUCGUCUACAGAGGGCUCAGAAGUCGCUUGCUCUGACGGCUUCUGUAAUCAUGAAGGUGACUGUCAUUCCGAGUCUGGGUCAGGAGAUGGACAUAACUUCAAUAAGCUAUCAGGCAUUGGCAAGCUCUCAUUGCAGCAAAUGCUGGAGGAGUCAUGUUCUUCUGAUGAGGAAAACUACAUCCCAGCUGAGGUGGUGCGGGAAUUCAAUCUGAAACGUGACCAUGUGAUAGUUCAACGUGAGGAGCUGCGCAGACGUCUAAAAUCGAGUUUCGCGCAGAUGUGUGUCAGUCACCGCAGCCCUAUCAACCAAUGAACGCGCCAGACAAACCUUCACUGUGUUCACGACUUUAAUUUACAUACUAGCAUAAUAGAGUAAUAAGUUGGAAACAUUGCCGGUAUGGCUGAAUGUUAGUGCUUUUUGUCAGGCCAAUUCGAAUGAACAGAAUGUCCUCUAGAGCUAUGGAUUAAAUUGGCAGAUCGAAACUACUUGUUCAAUUGAUGGCAUUAUAUCAUAAUGAACUGCUUGCUAAUAGUAUCUAAAUUGUUUGGAAAAUGUAUGUCACGUGAGUCAAAGGAACUAGCUAAACUGUUUCAAACUAAUUGGUAAUUGCUGUAGAUAAGUAAAUGUAUUGUUCAAUUUUCUCUGUAAAAAUAAUGAUAAUGAUUUUUUUCAUCAUUUGAACUUGCAAACAUUGAAUUUUCUAAACAAUUUUUGAUUUUACUUGUUACUCUUGAAAUGUCGAAUUUAGUUUGCUUACAGUUUUCAUUAGCAGUCAUCAGUUAAACUUGCGCAUCUGAAAGUCAAAUAUAAUUUUUUUCCAUUUCCUUUUAUUAUUAUCCUUAUCAAAUAAAUCAUUUUGAUAUUUUCAAACCUUGGCAGCAUUCUUCUUUUGAAUUGUUUUACAUUAAAUUUUAUUGGCAUUGAUUUAAGCAAAGGGCAGUUUAUUUAGACCGGUGAAACCAUAUUGUGCCACUGCAUUGCUGAUAUGCAGAUUGGCGUAUUAAGCACAGUUAGUGCUGUCUUGCAUUCCAAAUGCUUUCUUAAUAAUGUUGAUUAAUCACAAAAAUUGACAAAAUUGAAAUUUUCUUCCUACUGCAUUUGCAGCAUCUUAUUGCCUUAUUUUGUUACUCUCAGUUAUAUUGUGAGGGUUAUCAUAUUAGUCUGUUGUACUUUCUCUGUGCAACCACUUCGUUUUUCAACUUAUUUUUUAAAAUUAUAUAUUCUUUUACCAACUAUAUUCAUUGUCCUCAUUUUUUGAUUGGCGAAUUUGAGCUCUUUUAUUUUUACGAUAUCCAUCUCAACUUGUAUAAAUAAUAAUUUGAUGUAAUAUCCUCAAAUUGUCGCUUUAUCAUGUUAACUAUAGUAGUUACACAAUAUUGAAAUGAUUCUUGAUGUUAAAUGGAUGUUGAGAAUUGAUAUACAUGUUCUGGUAUUGUAUGUCUUCUGGAUUGCAAAUGGAUGUUUCAUCUUUUAUGGGCGUUUUGAUCGCUUGUCGAUGUUUCUUCAUGAAUUGGAGAUUCACUGCAUUCAGUUCAUUACAUUCUGUUGUAUUGUUCAUAUUUACUAUAUUAUCGAUUAUCCGUUCGCAUCCUGGCUACCAAUCCUAUUAUUGUAUAUUCGUUGUUUCGAUUUACAAUGAUAUAAAUUAUAUAUUUCAAAAACAUGUUGAAUUGUUAUUAAGGACACGAUUGGUUCUGCUGUAGGAUUUUUUAUACAGGAUGAAGUUAUAUUUUCCAGGCUUCUUGGUUAUAUUAUACAAAUAUUUACUUUUUUGAUAGUUUAAUACUCAAACGGUAUACAUUUCAAAUGAAUGUUAAAUAAAUUAACUGUUGAAUCGUUUGAUAAUAUUAAAAAUGUUUAUUAAAUUA